AUGGAGGGUGUGGAAGCGAGUGGUGAUAGGCAGAUCAUUCUGCACGAGGACAAGAAGUACUACCCAGAUGCCGAAGAGCUCUAUGGUGAUGCAGAGGCUUUGGUUCAGAUGGAAGACACGCAGCCCCUGACCGAUCCAAUCAUCACUCCGGUCCAGUCCAAGAACUUUGAUCUUCUUGAGAAGAAGAUGCCGGACACGACCUUCGACUUCAACUUUCUUGCGGCCAUGAUGGACAAGCCUAACUUGGUCCGCAACAUCUGCUUCCUUGGUGCAAUGCAUCAUGGGAAGACCACCUUCAUGGACAUGCUGGUGCUUAACACGCAUGAGAAGGAUUGGAAGAUGGGCAAGGAAAUCCGCUACACAGACUCCAGGCAGGACGAGCAGGAUCGCGGCAUUACCGUAAAGGCCUCGUCCAUGAGCCUUGUGCUCCAGGAUUCCAAGGACAAGUCCUACCUCUUCCACGUCAUGGACAUGCCGGGCCAUGCCAACUUCCAGGACGAAGUGAUUGCUGGUCUGGCUAUGUCUGACGGCGUCGUGCUGGUAGUCGACGUGGUCGUCGGCCUCACCCAGCAUAUAGAGCGCAUGCUCAAGCAUGCCUUGCAAGACAAUCUCAAAGUCGUGCUGGUCAUCAACGGCCUUGAUCGUCUUAUCAUGGAGCUCAAGUUGCCUCCGACGGAUGCAUAUCACAAGCUUCGGUACUGCAUUGAAGACAUCAACGAGACCAUGGAGAAAUUGUAUGAUUCUACGGGCAUGGAAGUCGACGACCGAGUCUACUUUUCACCUCUGAAGGGCAACGUGAUCUUUGCGUCUGCUCUGUUCCGCAUGACCUUCACCUUGGAGUCCUACGCUGCAGUCUACGCAGAGACCCAUGGCUUCAGUUUUGACCACCUGACUCUUGCCAAAUGCCUUUGGGGAGACAUGUACUUCAAUGCAGAGGAGCGAAAGUUCCAGAAGGCGCCUCCGGACGCGGAGCAGCCACGAUCUUUCGUGCAGUUUGUCCUGGAGCCCAUCUACAAGAUCUUUGCCCACUGUCUUGGCGAAGAGAAGGAAGACCUUGCGCAGACUCUUGCUGAGGUCGGAAUCUAUUUGCACAAGAGAGACUAUGAGCUGCAUGCUCGCGAUUUGAUCCGCAAAGUCUUCCAGCAGUAUUUCGGCUCUGGUGGAGGUCUGCCGUCCUUCAUCGACAUGGUGGUGAGACACAUCCCCAACCCCAAGGAGAGUGCACCAUUCAAGGUGGAGAAACUCUACUCGGGAGAUCAGGAUGGAGCAGUGGCUGAGGACAUGAAGAAGCUGGACACCACAGGCUAUUUGAUGCUCCACGUGGUGAAGCAGUACCACAGACCAGAUUGCAACGCCUUUGAUGUGUUCGGCCGCGUUCUGUCCGGCACUGUCUUCCGCGGCGAUCGCGUGAAGAUCUUGGGAGAGACGUAUUCCCUGGAUGACGAUGAAGACAUGGCGAUCAAGGAGAUUCAGAACCUCUGGAUUCUGGAGGGACGGUACCGCGUGGAAGUUAGCCACGUGCCAGCUGGAAACUGGGUUCUGAUUGGUGGCAUUGAGACGUGCAUCAAGAAAACAGCCACCAUCACAACAGCGUCCAACGAAGAAGAGGUUGAGAUCUUCCGGCCUUUGCGCUUCCCUACAACGCCAGUGAUCAAGGUCGCCAUUGAACCGCUUCAGCCUGCCGAGUUGCCGAAGAUGGUGGAUGGCUUGAGGAAGAUCGACAAGGCAUAUCCACUGUCAAGGACAAAGGUGGAAGAGAGUGGCGAGCACGUAUUGCUCGGAACUGGUGAAGUCUACCUCGACUGCAUCCUACAUGAUCUUCGAAGGCUUUAUGGCGACUUGGAGAUCAAGGUGGCGGAUCCCGUCGUAGAGUUUUGUGAGACGGUGGUGGAAACCAGCUCCCUGAAGUGCUUUGCGGAGACGCCAAACAAGAAGAACAAGAUCUACAUGGUGGCUGAGCCUUUGGAGAAGGGCCUCGGGGAGGACAUCGAAAAGGGCAAGGUCAGCAUUGAGUGGAAUAAGCGACGGAUGAGCGACUUCUUCACCAAGAACUACGACUGGGACCUUUUGGCCUCCAGAUCUGUUUGGGCAUUUGGUCCAGAGGUGAACGGGCCCAACGUCCUGGUGGACGACUGCCUACCUAGCGAGGUCAAUAAGAGCCUGCUGGUGCAGAGCAAGGACAGCUUGGUGCAGGGCUUCCAGUGGGCCACAAAAGAAGGUCCCCUCUGCGAUGAGAAGAUUCGUAGCUGCAAGUUCAAGAUCCUCAAUGCCCAGAUGGCAGAGGAUGCAGUGCUCCGUGGCGGAGGUCAGAUUAUUCCCACGGCCCGGCGCGUGGCAUAUUCAGCCUUCCUGCUGGCAACUCCGCGGCUCAUGGAGCCAGUGAUGUUCUCGGACAUUGAGUGCCCCGCGGACUGCGUGGCCGCCAUUUACAACGUACUCUCUAGGAGGCGUGGCCAUGUCAUCCGAGAUCUUCCCAAGCCCGGCAGCCCCAUGUACUCGGUCCAUGCGUAUCUGCCAGCCAUGGAGUCUUUUGGCUUCGAGACGGAUCUCAGAACGCACACGUCUGGACAGGCGAUGUGCCAGACGUUCUUCGACCACUGGGAGCACGUUCCUGGUGACCCGCUGGAUCGCUCGAUCCUGCUGCGACCGCUAGAGCCCGCUCCGGCGCCACACUUGGCCCGUGAGUUUAUGCUGAAAAUGCGGAGGCGAAAGGGCCUGAGCGAGGAGACUCCGGACAAUGGGUUAUAUAGGUAG